UGCAGGGCGCAUGCUCACACCCAAGUUUCCUGGUGCCUUUUCUAUUCCACCUUAUGAAACUUUUUCCCCGGCGUGGUCUCACUCGCGAUUUAAGGCAUAGGUGUCGCCCAGCCGGGAGGCUGGGAGUCAGCAGGCGUGCGGGGGAGAGGCCUGGGCCACGCCGCGGCGGGGGGUGGAGGAAGAGGGCAGGCGAGGCGGGAAGGUGGGCUUUGGCCGCCGGGAGCCGGGGACGGAGCCGCCGCCGUCGCCCCUAGCGGGGAGCAGCCGGGAGGAGGGGGCCGCUGUAGGGAGAGGGGACCCCACCAUGCCCAAAGUCUUCCUGGUGAAGAGGAGGAGCCUGGGGGUCUCGGUCCGCAGCUGGGAUGAACUCCCGGAUGAGAAAAGGGCAGACACCUACAUCCCAGUGGGCCUGGGCCGCCUGCUCCACGACCCUCCCGAGGACUGCCGCAGCGACGGCGGCAGCAGCAGCGGCAGCGGCAGCAGCAGCGCGGGGGAGCCUGGAGGAGCCGAGAGCAGCUCGUCCCCGCACGCCCCCGAGCGCGAAACCCCCGAGCCCGGCGACGCCGAGGGCCCCGAUGGACACCUGGCGGCCAAGCAGCGCCCGGUCGCCAGAUCGAAAAUCAAGUUCACCACAGGCACGUGCAGCGACUCGGUGGUUCACAGCUGCGACCUGUGUGGCAAGGGCUUCCGUCUGCAGCGCAUGCUGAACCGUCACCUCAAGUGCCACAACCAGGUGAAAAGACACCUGUGCACCUUCUGCGGCAAGGGCUUCAACGACACCUUCGAUCUGAAGAGGCACGUCCGCACCCACACUGGCAUUCGUCCCUAUAAAUGCAACGUCUGCAAUAAAGCCUUCACCCAGCGCUGCUCUCUGGAGUCCCACCUGAAGAAGAUCCACGGGGUGCAGCAGCAGUACGCCUAUAAGCAGCGGCGGGACAAGCUCUACGUCUGCGAGGAUUGCGGCUACACGGGCCCCACCCAGGAGGACCUGUACCUUCACGUGAACAGUGCUCACCCGGGCAGCUCAUUUCUCAAAAAGACAUCUAAAAAACUGGCAGCCCUUUUGCAGGGCAAGCUGACGUCUGCACACCAGGAGAAUACCAGCCUGAGUGAGGAGGAGGAGAGGAAGUGAGGAGAAGGAAGGGGAGGACAGACGUUCACACUGCCACGUAUGUCUACGUGGAUUUUUGGUUUUCAGCGUCCCCCACCCCGCUGGCUCUUCUUAAUUAGAAGUGACCAGUCCACGUCUGUGUCCUUUUGAAACAUCAGCAGUAGGGUCCGUUCCAAGGUUGUCAGUUACCAUAGUGACAUCAGGCCCUGUAACCUGUGUCCUGUCUGGCGCAGUUGCUCGCAUUCACCAAAGUUUGUUUUCCAUGAUCCUGAUGGCCAAGAGCACAGUAUGGGAUUUUUUUCCCCCCAAGGAUUUUCACACAUGGAAGGAGAGGUAUUUCUUAGAGAGAUCAUCAUUUUAUGGUGCCUUGAAAUAAAAAUACUUCUACUUGAAAUGCU